AAAAAAGUAGAGCGCGCCUCCGUUCGUUGUGGUAUCUUCCUCAUUGCCAUGACGACCAGGGGGGCUGGCCUCGACCACGUGACACACAGCGGCAAGCAGAACCCAGUAGCCGUGCGUGCGUGCGUGUCGCGGACAGUUCGGCUGCGGUCGAACCGAACAGAGCCGAACCCCUCCAUCUCCUGGAACCAAUAGCGCAUAGAUAGGAUGGAGCUCUCGGCGAUGGGCGAUCGCGUCUUCGCCGCGGAAGCCAUACUAAAACGCCGCGUCCGAAAGGGGCGACUUGAAUAUUUGGUGAAAUGGAAGGGAUGGGCAAUGAAGGACAGCACCUGGGAGCCAGAGGAGAAUAUUCUGGAUGACAGGCUCAUACUUGGCUUUGAGCAAAAAGAACGAGAGCGGGAAUGUAGCGGGCCAAAAAAGCGAGGGCCAAAAUCCAAAAACCUUGUGAUUAAGCCUCAGAAAGGAGAAACAAGCACUCGAUGCGCAAAAUCCUGCCAAGCCACAUCGCGCUCCGUUUCCAGCCGAGCGACUUCUUCCGCCUCCUCUUCCUCGCCUCACCCUUUGCCGCCCACAUCCCCGAAGCUCAGCUCCCUGGCCGCAACCCACAAGCUGAAGAAAGACAUUCACCGCUGCCACCGCAUGUCCCGCCGGCCCCUGCCCCGCUCGGACCCCAUGGCGUCCUCUUUCUCCGGGCCCGGCGGCUUGCCGUCCCGGCCUCACGCCUCGCCUUUUUCCGAGACCGUGCGCAUCCUCAACCGCCGCGUGAAGCCCCGCGAGGUCAAGCGUGGCCGCAUCAUCCUUAAUCUGAAGGUAAUCGACAAGCCGGGUCGCGGCGGAUCGAGCGUCGGCGGCUCUCGGAAUGUCCCGGGGGGGCGCCAGAACAUCCCGUCCCGCAAUCGCAUCAUCGGGAAGAAGGGAGAAGUUCCCUAUAGACCUUUCCAGCCCCCGCUGAAGAUGCUCGGCUUCCCCAUGUACGGGAAGCCUUUUGGGCUGCAGUGCGGGGGCCCCCUGGCCUUCCACCCUCAACCGGGGUCCUGCAACGCCAGGAACACCCGUCCCACACCGUCCCACUUGCACGCUUCCGCACUUCCUUCCCAGUCCAACGGGAAUCCUAAAACCUCCCAUUCUUUCCCGCCUUCCGGAGAGUCGGCACAAUCCAAAAGUCCCGCAGAAUCUCCAAAUAUCCCCCCGUCCGCUCCCGCCAACCCCUCUGCAUCGGCCGCACUGCCCGCUGGGGAGGACGCCGCUGACGCCUUAGGCGCCUCCUUGCCCCAAGGGGGCGGCGGCCCGCCAGAACAAGCCAGGGUGCCUGCUGAGGGCGACCCCGACUGGCACCCGCAAAUAGGAUCCAGCUGCAAGGACGUGGUGGUCACAGACGUCACCACCAACCUGGUCACCGUCACCAUCAAGGAGUUCCCUUCCCCCGCUUCGUGCCCCGCCUCGCCCAUCACGGCGGAAGGCGCCGCAUCACCGCGCUCCGCCUCUGACAGCCCGGAGAACAACCCACGAGUGACCUCUAUUGAGAGGCCAGACGGAAUUAAAGUCGUCCCCGUGGUGUCAUCAGUGGCCCACUUCUGUGCAAAAGGAUAUUUUUUUUUGAUUUACAGUACAAUGAAGUUCAUGGUGGUUCUGGUGGGCGCUGGCACGCUGGCCUUCCUUGGCGCCGUCAUCUGCAUCUUCGCUAGCGUUUACCCCCGCAAACACGCCGUGGCUCUGGCCGACAACGGCACCCUGAUGUCAGAGACGCUCCUCCAGCCUCUGGAGCGGCCCGGCGCGGUGGCUCACGCCGGCCCGCUCGGGGCUCUGCACGGCGCCGACUCCUACGGCGGAGAGAACGGACUUGGCUUGGGGCUUCCCACGUUGAAUGAGCUCGACAUCGGCGAGGAGACCGGCCGAGGUUCAGCCAAGGUGUUCAGCUACAGCCGACUCAUCUGCACACCGGUUCCGCUCGGGGACUGUAAGAGGAAAGAAGCGGGGCAGCAGCCGCUGGCGGACGACCCUCUCGUCGAUGAGGACUGGACGUUCCUCCGCACCACCGCGGAGGAACUCCGGCAGAUGGUCAUGCAGCAGAACGACCAGAUCCUCAUGGACCAGAGAACGAUUCGCGAGCUGACAGGAAAGCUGAGUGAGUGCGAGAGCGGCCUGGAAGAGGAGGACAGCGGGAGGGCCGGACCCGAACGCAGUAUCGGGGUCUGGAGCGGGAACCGGCGGGUCAUGGCCGGGGACGACGUCAGCUCUUCGGCCGCCUCGCAGCUGCAGACGGCCCGAGCCGUGGAGGAGCUUGCUCGGGCCAUCAUGGACCUGAAGGACCGAAUUGAGAAGCUCGAGGCAGAGAUCGGCCCAGCUGCUUUGAACCUCACGGACACGUCUACAGGAACAAGCAGCGGCAGCAGCACACCGAUGACCACCAAGCCCCCCACUCCACCCACCGGCAACACCAACCCCCUGCCCCCGGCAGGCCCCGGGGCCAGACGACCGGGCUCUCCCGCUUCCAAGCUCCCGGCCAAGGGGACCCCGGGUCGCGGGAAAGCUCCGUGGAGGGUGGAGGACCUGGAGGGUGAGCUGGAGAGGAAAAUAAAAAUGUUGGAGAAGGAGCGGCAGGCCAUGAGGAAGGAGACACAAGGGCAGUAUGAGAAGAUCACCCAGGGCUUGGACACCGCCAAUCACCGCGUCAGCGAACUGGAGCACACCCUAACAGAGCCGUCCUUCCCCGACGGCUUCGUGCUGUCCUUCCCCAUGCGCACCAACUACAUGUACGGCCUGGUCCGGAAGGAGAUCACCGAGAUGUACGCCUUCACCGCUUGUGUGUGGCUGAAGGCUAAGGAAGGCGGGAUCGGUACGCCUUUCUCCUACUCGGUACCCGGACAGCCUAACGAGCUGGUGUUGCUGCAGGGUGUCCACAACCCCGUGGAGCUGCUCAUUAAUGAUAAGGUAGCACAGUUGCCGCUGUCGCUCCCUCAAGACGCAUGGCAGCAUAUCUGCGUUAGCUGGACCUUGAGGGACGGUGUGUGGAAGGCCUACCAGGGUGGCAAGAUGAAGGGGCGGGGAGAAGGACUGGCCGCCUGGCACCCCAUCAAACCUGGUGGGGUGCUCAUCCUGGGCCAGGAGCAGGACACCCUCGGCGGACGUUUCGAUGCCUCCCAGGCGCUGGUUGGUGAACUCUCCCAGUUCAACUUAUGGGACCGGGUAUUGAAGCCCGCCGAAGUCGCCGCCCUGGCGGAAUGCAACUCCUCUGUACUCGGGAACAUCGCCCCCUGGACCGAUCUGGACGUAGACGUCUAUGGAGGAGCCAUCAAGGAGUCCUUAGACCCCUGCCACGCUGCUGAGAGAUCCAACCCCUCCAGCCCAAAACAGUGAGGGCCGAGAGAGUGCGAGAUUUUGUCGAGGGGUAAAUUAAACGACUUGAGAAUGUAAAGCAUUUGUUCGGAGCUCGGGGAUCUGACGGGACGCAGCUAAUGUAACGUUAAGAGCUCGUCUGUUUUCCAUGUGGGUGUGUUUGGUGUUUAGUUCGAAACUGAGAAUGAGGUUAGUCUUGGGAUUGAUUACCUUCGUCGGAUAAUCAAAACGCAAGCUUGUCGAUGGACUAUCAGUGCUAGUUUGGGUCAAUCAUCUCUGUGAAGUGAAAAAUCAAAGCUUCGAGGUCUUCGGGUUGUGAUGCAGGUGUAGUCGGUGAAGAUGGAAAGCUUUUGCGUCCCCUCGUGUUGUGUUUAUUGCUGAAAUCGAGUUCUCGAGGAUUCUCAAGAUCAUGACGUCAUGUUCAAGUGUCCAUACUCCUCCCACCAUUUGCAGUGAUCUAAUAGCGUAAAUGUGUAAUUAUUGUGUGUUUAUGUAGCCUUGCUAAUGUCGGCCGCCCCGCGGUAGCUUGACACAAUCGCACAAUCGGGAAAAGCUGUACUCUCGAUCCAUUCGCACUUUGAUGCCAAACUGUGAUUUAGAAGAUUAAAUUGUACCCUGGCUAAACCCCACAGAAUGUUUUU